AUGGCGGAGGCAAGGGUGCAGGUGGGCGAGAGGAGGGAGAAGAGGUAAGGGUGAGAUUGUGGGAGUGGCGAUGGUGGAUCCAGGCAUUGGCGGAAGCGAGGUCGUCAAAGCUAAAAAGCUUGGAGAUUAAGGUUGGGAAGGCGAUGGAGAAGAAGUGGCGGGAUUGGUCGGGUGUGGGAGGAUAAAAAAAGAAGGAUGAUGGUUGUUAUGGAGAAAGUCAAAGUUUCUAAGUGUUGCACACACAGAUUAAAUUUAUGAGGACUAAAAAUUUGAAUUUUCCUAAGAAAGAGAAUGAAACCCAAAAUAGUUGGUUGGUCAAGUGGCUCUGCAGUAGGGUUCCUUUUGUCGGUGCCAAUGGACCACAACUGAAAAAAGAUGAAAAGGAUUUAUUUUUCUUGUUCAUCUUCAACCUCAAAAACCCAAUCAAUUUUUGGCUUUAGUCUCAGGGGUGAAACAGAACCAAAACUACUGAAAUUAGAUGGAUAAACUUCUUUCAAGCCGAUUCAAUCAUGAAUCUCUCCCAGGAGACUACAUAUUCCCACCAGAAUCAAGACCAGGAGAUCUCAAAAUCCCCUUUGACAGCAAUAUUUCAGUGAUUGAUCUCAGGGAAGCAGAAAAUGGUGAUAGAAUCAACACAAUUCAGAAAAUUAUCAAGGCUUCUGAGGAGUUUGGAUUCUUCCAGGUUAUCAAUCAUGGAAUUUCCGAGAAUGUAAUGAACGAAGCAAGAAGUGUUUUCAAAGAGUUAUAUGAGAUGCCAGCAGAGGAAAAGCAGAAACUGUGUUCAGAUGAUCUUUCCAAGACAUGCAAGAUGUUUACCAGCAGUAUCCAUUAUGCAACUGAAAAGGUUCAUCUGUGGAGAGAUAAUUUUAGGCACCCAUGUCAUCCUUUGGAACAGUGGCAACAUCUCUGGCCUGAAAAUCCAACUAGAUACAGAGAGUGUGUUGGGUCAUUUUCAGUUGAAGUGAAGAAGUUGGCUUCUAAGAUCUUGAGUUUGAUAAGUGAAGGGCUUGGUCUAGAAUGUGGAUAUUUUGAGAAUGAUCUUACUGGGUCUGUGCUUCUUUCAGUUAAUCAUUAUCCACCAUGCCCUGAACCAAGUUUGGCACUGGGAAUAACCAAGCACUCAGAUCCUUAUAUCAUAACCAUUUUACUCCAAGAUCAUGUAUCUGGCCUUCAACUGCUCAAGGAUGGAAACUGGAUCGCAGUUGAACCUAUUCCCAAUGCAUUUGCCAUAAACGUAGGCAACCAAUUGCAGGUAAUAAGUAAUGGAAAGUUAAUAAGUUGUGAGCACCGAGUUGUGACAAAUUCACAUGAUGCACGUAAUUCUGCUGCAUUCUUCAUUGCUCCUAGAGAUGAAUGUGUCGUAGAGCCAGCAGAAGUUCUCACCGAUGAACAUCACCCUCCAAUUUUUAAGGCUUUCAAGUUCAAGGAUUUCAUAUCUCACUUCAUUGCCAAAUAUGGUGAUACAGACACAGUGCUGAAAUCAUUUGCAGCACAAAAGGGUUAAGUGGUAAAGGCAUAUUCAAUGAUGUAAUAAUAAAGGGAAACUUUCUUAUUGUUCCCUUUGCUUGGUUGAAAAAAAAAUCCUUCAUGAAAUAAAUUUGAAGUUCCUCAGUUUGGUAUACUAAGAAUUUCUCCA